AUGGGCCUUCCAUGGAUGCCGCUGGCCCUGGCUGCCUUCCUGGCAGCGCUGCUGUGGCCUUGUGCUGUGAGAGCCGAUGGCCAGCUAGAGCUUCCGAGCCAAGCCGGCAUCGGUGCUGGCACGGGCAACUUUCAGGUGCCAACCUGCUUCACGGAUUUCUCACCACCGGAUAUCAUGAGGUACUGGUACACUGACGCCCAAGUCCUGUCACUUAGUGGUGGAACGGACACUGGCUAUGGGCAGGAGCUGAGAGCUUCGAUGCGAAACGUUGCCGCAACCUUCUCAAACCAGGAAGAGAGCAACUUCUUGACUACCACGGAUGAAGACAUGGUUAACAUCCUGGCCUCCAUCAUCGUGCUCCACAGCCGUGGCUGGAGGUCUUCCAAAGCAGCGCUCCAGGCCAUGUCCACCGAUGAUUUUCGGAACACCAUCAUCGCGGAGCUGACUUCCAGUGGCGCUAGCAUUGAAGGUGUGCAGGCUCUAUCCACCCGCGAGAUCGCCGACAUUGCCAUGCAAUGUCCCACUGCGCCACAGCUGCAGCUGUCAGCGAGCUCCGUUCACAGAAGGGCCGCCGAGGUGGUACCAACGACAUUGGCCUUAGUGAGCUUGACAGUGAGCUUGGUCUGUAUUCUCCAUUCCUGA